AUUCAGGAAGUGUAAACAACAAUCCUGCACGGAAGCUGCAACAUGCAUCGAGAAUUAUAGUAUUUCGUUGCCAAUAAUAAAGCUGUUUUAUAGUAUCGGUCAUGGAGAACUGGAGCCUUGUGUCCAUUUCUGUUUUGCUCGGUCUUACGGCAAGAUGGGCUGUAUCCUUGAACUCUUAUUCAGGGGCAGGCAAACCACCCAUGUUCGGGGACUACGAAGCUCAAAGGCACUGGCAAGAAGUGACAUACAAUCUGCCUGUUCAUGAAUGGUACUUCAACACUACAGACAACGUACUAAACUACUGGGGUUUGGACUAUCCCCCUCUCACAGCCUACCACAGCCUGCUCUGUGCACAUGUGGCCAAGCUGAUAAACCCAGACUGGGUGGAGUUGCAUGCGUCUCGAGGUCAUGAAAGCUAUGGACAUAAGUUGUUUAUGAGAGCCACAGUUCUUGUUGCAGAUCUGCUGAUAUACAUUCCUGCUGUUGUUCUUUACAGUUUUUACCUCAGUGAAGGAUCAAACAAAAAGAAGGUCUGCACAGUCCUCUGUAUCCUGCUCUAUCCAGGUCUUAUUCUAAUCGACUACGGGCAUUUCCAAUAUAACAGUAUAAGCCUGGGGCUGGCCCUAUGGGGUGUGGUAGGUCUGGGGCUGGGCUGGGACGUGCUGGGCUCUCUGGCCUUCGUCCUGUCCCUCAACUACAAACAGAUGGAGCUCUACCACUCCCUACCCUUCUUCUGCUACUUACUGGGCAAGUGUUUCAAGCAGGGCCUGGCAGGCCGAGGGCUGUUCCUGCUAGUCAAGAUCGCUGUAACAGUCCUGGUGACCUUUGCCCUCUGCUGGCUGCCCUUCCUGUCUGACCCUGGCCAGGUCCUGCAGGUGGUGCACCGCCUUUUCCCUGUGGGGCGAGGCCUAUUCGAGGAUAAAGUGGCCAACACGUGGUGCAGCUUGAAUGUCCUGAUAAAGAUCAAGACCAUCCUGUCCACUGAUACCCAGCUCUACUUCAGUUUGACCACCACUCUCCUGGCUAUCCUACCUUCAUCUAUAAAACUUUUGAUGAAACCUACAUUGUGGCAGUUCAAACUUGCCUUGGUCAACUCGUCUCUGGCAUUCUUCCUCUUCUCCUUUCAAGUCCACGAGAAAUCAAUCCUCCUGCCUGCCUUGCCAGUCUGCCUGCUACUGAAUGACCUUCCUCUGCCAGCCAUCUGGUUUCUACAGGCUUCCACCUUCAGUAUGCUGCCGUUGUUUCUGAAGGAUGGUCUGUUGGUGCCGUACGUGGUCACCUCCCUGGCCUUCCUGUUCUUCUCCGUCUACCUGCUCUUAGCCCUUGAGCACUGCUCAGAGGACAAGCUGCGUCUGGGGCCCUACCGCCGCCUCCUCAUCUGCAUGCCCCGCAUGGACCUCGGCAGAGUCAUCAAGUGGAAAUUCUAUUUCUCCAUCACGGCCAUGGCUGGUUUGAGCUUUAUGAGCGUGGCGCUGGCCCCUCCGGCCCAGCUGCCCGAUUUGUUUCCCCUCCUGGUGUCUGUGUUCUCCUACCUACACUUCCUGGGCCUCCUCCUCUACUUCAACAUUGUCCAGAUCGCCGAGCCGCCACAAUCUGUGAGGAAGAACCAGAAGAAAAGUAACUGAGUAAUCAUUAGGGAGGUAGGGGCCAGAUGAUAACUGAGUAAUUAUUAGGGUGGAAAAACAGAACUGGGUAGUUACCACCCAACAGACAAACGAACUAAGCAAAGUGCUUCAGUCAAUGAGCACCAAAGACCAAUAAGGCUCAUGGACCAACUACCAGUCUAGGGCCAAUCAUUCAGAAUCUUUAUUCUCGAGAGAACCCUCCUGUCAACAUGAAUGGUUGCUGUUUUGUCAAUGCCUAAUUAUGUACAUCAAGCAUGAUUAUUUUUUACUUGACUGUUUUUCAAUAUUUUCAAAUGUAACAGCAUUACAUUUAUUUUGUACCAAUAGAGUAUUUGUCUUAAAAUAAAAUCACCUGAUAUGAA